GGAUUAAAUUCGGUUUUCAACUUUAUUUGGACAACAUACCAUAAUAAGAAUGUCUUUUUCUUUGACAGGCUGGGUUCUCUCACUUCCCACCCCGUAUAUUGAAAACGCAGCCAAGCUUGUUUAUGAACCUGUCACGUACGUACCUUUUUUUUUUUUUGUUUUUUUUGCCGAUCAAUCCCCCAUAACCAUAUGCACGUCCCUUGAAUUGAUAUAAAUAGUUCCUUCUUUUAUAUUAUUUCCCCCUUUUUUUUAUAUAUAUAUAUAUAUAUUUAUUUGAUUAUUUCUUGUAUUCUCGUUUUUACGACCUUUCUUUCUUUUUUUCUUUUUUUCUCUCUCUUUUGUAUGUAUCAACAAUCCGUUUCUUCUAUGGACUCCACGCUUCGUAUAUUCAGUCCUAUUAUUCUAUUCCACGAUGCAAGUAGUUGCAGCAGUGAUCAUCAGGUGAUCCAACUCAAGAAACAAAAGGUCAAUGCCAUGUUAAAAAGUAACGGACAAUUCUGGAGUAAUGUGAUUUGGAGUACCCGAAAUAGUGCAUUUUCCAGUCCACCUCAAACACCACCACCUACUACCGCAUUAUUUACGUCUUGUAAUUCAUCUGUGUCCUCAUGUCCAGAAGAGGGAGGUCAAACUCGACAGAAAUGGUACGGCACUCCCUCGGAUGAAGAAGAAUUAGAAGAAGAAGAAGAGGAAGAAGAAGAAGAAGAGGAUGUGGAUGUGGAAGAAGAUGAUACAAGAAAUAUCCAAACAGUAAAGAAACGUGUAAAAUCCACCAAUGGUCGAAAGCGACGAGGCAACUUACCCAAAAGUGUGACUGCCAUAUUAAAACAAUGGUUGAUUGAUCAUUGUCGACAUCCAUACCCAACUGAAGAAGAAAAGCGGUCCCUAAGGAUAAAGACCAAUUUAACUUUGAACCAAAUUAGUAAUUGGUUUAUUAAUGCACGUAGAAGAAUAUUACCCUUGAUUCUGUCAUCACCAAAUACAAUCGCAUCUCCAGAGACCACUUCAGAAAAGAAGACCAGAAGAAAGCGAGGCUGGAUGUCUGAUUCCACCCAGCCAAAGCAGACUAGUCCUAAAGGGCGUCGUCAGCAAUUAGUCUAAUUAGCCCAUUUUAUAUAUUUAUAUAUAUAUAUAUAUAUCUUUUAUCCCACAUAUAUAAAAAAAAAAGAAAAAAA